AUGUUCGAACACCCUGCCCUUGAUCAACAAUCUCCACAGUCUGUCCGGAGGACUUCAGCCAAUCCGUCUGUGAAGCCACUUAAUGGUCCAGGGAGCAACGACACAAUGACUUUCCGUUCCAUCAGAUGCCCGGUGUCCGGUGUCCAAAAUGCCAAGGCUCUGGCAAAGAGACUUGGGUUAUUCCAGGCAAAUACUGUCAUGUAUGCGGGACAGCUUGCUGAGAGCCCGAGAGCAAGUGCAGAGUUAUUUGAGAUAACGGAAUGCUUACCUCGAAGAGCGAAGGCCCUUGCCAUCGGCAGGAAGACGCCUCAACGCUCCAACACAGCCGCUUCAAGGCAUGGGCGAUGCAGCGUCCCCCCAUGCUUGGCGUAA